GAGGGAGGGAGGAAGAGUGAGCUUGUCAGUGAGGGAGGGAGAAGCAGAGUGUAAGCAAGACUGUGCCCAGACACAGACAGCACAGCACACACAGUCCAAGGAGAAAGGCAUGGGUGGAGACGCUGAUGGGGUAGAAGAGAAAAAAGAAGGGAAAGAUUGAGAAAGGGAUAAAAGAACGACAUACCAGAGAUUCCCUGGCUGUCAACCCUAGCUARCGGCCAUUAUCCUCUCCCAUCUGCGUAGAUACAGCACAAACCUCUGGAUUAUUUACCAGCCUCUCUCUCUGUGAGUGUGUGGGUUUGCUGAGCUCACCAUGCUGCUACUGCGGUGGUGUCCUGCUGGUGUCAGUGUCAGUACUGCAGGCUGGGCAGGCUGGAUCUUGCUGGGGCUGACUCUGACUCUGGAGCUGUCUCUACCAGUCACGGCACUAUCAGAACCAGACCCAGGCUUCUCCCUCUGCAGACAGAGCUUCUACAGACAGACCCCCCCUCUGGGCGGGGGGGCCCUCCUGACCCCCAUCUGUCACAGGCUGCCAGGGGGACAGUUGUUUGCCACGCUCUACCACCCGACCUGUGACGCAGCUGUUUACUCUGCCUUUCAUCUCAGCCAAGGAUGGGGAGAGAGAGGAGGAAAGGAGGAGAGGACAGAGAAGGAGGAAGAGGAUGCCAGAGGGGAGGAGAAAGAGGACGAAGGGUCCCAGAGUCCCCCCCUGGUGAUGACCCCAGCCCUGCUCCGAGGGGAUGUGGCGGGGGGUAAACCCCAAGCUCACUCUGACUCUCCCCUUCACCAGUGGGACUCCCUGGUCACAGAGCUGAUCCAGAGCAGCGUUCUGCCCCAGUGUGGCUCCACAGGGGGCCAGCUCUACGUCCUGACAGGGGCCACAGGGCUCAGGCUGGGGCCCGGGAUGGAGGAGGGUGGGAAUGAGGGGUGUGAGGCUGGGGUGCAGUGGUCUGCAGUGUGCUGUGCUGGCCCAGAGGGACAGAGUGGGUUCAGUGUGGGGGUAGUGAGAGAGACAGGUGGAGGGGAGAGGGUGGUGAGUGUUAAGGAGCUGGAACACAUGAUUGGAGUGACAGAUCUAUUUUCAGAGGGUUGCGGGGAAGCAGAUGGGGACACGGAGGGAGACAUAGUGAUACUGCUCAGUGAUGCGAUGGUCGGAGUCGUAGAAAAGCAGAAAGCAGUCGCAAGGCCAGACGCCAUUGAGGAAACACUAGAUGAGACUACUGAUCGAAGCCUAGAGGCACUACCUGCUGACACAGAACCUCUCAUCCCUCCCUCAGAGGACAACGAGACACUGGCCUCUGAGUCGGACACAGAGUCGUCCGGCAACCCUCUGGUGUAUAUCAUCACCUCCUCUGUCUCCCUGCUCAUGGCCCCUCUACGCCCUGUCGUCUCCACCCUCAUUGGGAUCCCUGGACAGGUGAUUACUGAUGGAAUACAAUACUGUGAUAGUUCCAUAUCCUAUAUACACUAUGAAAGCAGGAGGACCUGGGGUCCGUCUGCUGCCAGGCCGACAUCCUCUCUGUGUUCUACAACAUGGCUGUUCACCAGCUGCCAGGACGGGGUCACAGGGGUGGGCACCCUGGCCUGGGAUGGGGUGGGCAUAUUCGGGAGGAUCUUUGACAACGCCUGGUGGGUGUCCAGGGUGGUCGGGGACCAGGCGUGGGAGCAGGGUGGGGGGUAUGUGGGGUCGGUGGUGUCUGAGAUGGGAGGGCAGGUGAAGGCAGUGGGUGGGGGAAUGGGGAAGCUGGCGUGGAGGUGUGGGAAUGGGGUGGGGAACYRYGUGAGMUUGGCAGGAGGGCUGGUAGUAGGGAGRGCGGAAACGGUUGUGGAGAAUGUGAUGGAGGCCUUUGGGCAGGACCAGAACMGUGGAUGGUUUYGGUCUACAGAGAAUGUUCAUCAAUAACAUUGCAGAUUUWUUGCAAACCUUGAAAAUUGUYUAUCMUYUUCUUAWAAAGUAUGUAAAUAUGCACCAGAUAGCAAGAGAGAAUUGAUGGGUACACCGCAAUGCCAAWGCCUCUAGCUAAGCUGUCUAACAUAAACSCAUAGUUAGGCACACAARYCAUUUUCAUAUUUUUUUGCUCCCUAAAGUAGAUGACUUCUACUUCUACUACUUCUUAGUUGUAAAGAAGCAGGAUCCCAAAAGACUAAAGCUGAGAUGAAUGGUAUAUGUGUCAGAAAGUGAAGCAGGGUAGCCCCAUGGCCAUUUGAUCAAUUACAAUCUGGUAUUAUUUUGGGGAAACAUGCUUUUACUGUGUGAGUUCAUAUGGUAAUAGGUGUUAGAAUUGAUGUUACUUUAUGAACUAUAUGCUUGCUUGAUUAAAACGGAUAAUUGAUUGAUCACAUCCA